UUGAUACCUAAAAAACACUCUCCCUCCCUCCAUCCAUCCUUCUUCCUCAUCGUCGGUGACUGUCAAUAUCCUUUCAAGUUUACGUACGCUGCCAAACGUCUGGUUCUCUUUGCAAACCUCUCAUUCCUAAAUCAUGUUUUCUCCAAUCCCAUUUCAGCUCUUUGGGUUGCUCAUAGUUUCGUUUCUGGUCCUACGUUUUCUGUACAAAUCAUCUCUGCUGUAUGUUUUGAGUAAGUGGUGGCGAUGGUUUCAAGAUGCUUGUCAUGUUUACCAGUUCUACAAGGUUCCGCAGUUCAACGAACACAUGCAAGAGAAUCAAUUGUACAGGAAAGUCUCGGCGUACCUGAAUUCUCUGGCUUCGGUUGAAGACUCCGAUUUCGCUAACUUGAUGUCGGGGAACAAAUCGAAAGAAAUCAACGUCGGUCUCGAUCCCGACCGGCCUGUUUCCGACACGUUCCUUGGUGCUAGGGUGGUGUGGAGAAACGAGAAAAGCGAGAUGGAUGGCUCGAGAGCUUUGGUGCUGAAGGUCAGGAGGACGGACAGGGGACGGAUUCUCCGCCCGUACUUGCAGCAUAUUCACUCGGUUUUCGAUGAGAUUGAGAGGAAGGAGGUGAGAUUGUAUGUAAACACGGAGCCGGAGAGGAACGGAUGGUGGAGAUCAGUGCCGUUCAAUCAUCCGGCGACGAUCGAGACGGUGGUGAUGGACUCGGAUGUGAAGAACAAGGUGAAGUCCGACCUCGAAUCGUUCCUCAAGUCCAAGCAGUACUACCACCGGCUCGGCCGUGUCUGGAAGCGGAGCUACCUCCUGUACGGCUCACCCGGCACCGGAAAAUCGAGCUUUGUCGCCGGAAUGGCGAAGUUCCUCCGCUACGACGUCUACGAUAUAGACUUAUCCAAGGUCUCUGCCGACUCGGAUCUAAAGAUGCUCUUGCUUCAGACGACGAACAAAUCGAUGAUUGUGAUCGAACACCUCGAUCGGUUCUUGGCGGAGAAACCAACGGCGGUGAGCCUGGCCGGGAUUCUCAACUUCAUGGACGGAAUACUCUCCUGCUGCGGCGAAGAACGCGUGAUGGUGUUCACAAUGCACGGCAAGGAUCAGAUCGAUCCGACGGUCCUGAGACCCGGGAGGAUCGACGUUCACGUGCACUUCCCCUUGUGCGAUUUCUCCGCUUUCAAAAGCUUAGCCAGCAGCCAUUUGGGGAUCAAGGAGCACAAGCUCUUCGCUCAAGUUGAAGAGAUGUUUCAACGCGGGUCGAGUUUGAGCCCUGCCGAGAUCUGCCAGAUCAUGAUCUCGAAUCGGACCUCGUCCAGUCGGGCUCUCAAAGCGGUCAUUACCGCGUUGCAGUUGCAGACCAGCGCUGAGAACAGCGAGUCGGGCAGACUGAGCAAGAACGCGUCGGGUCGGGGUCCGGAAGAGUCGGGCGAAACCAAAUCGUUCUUCAACGGGGAGAGCGUCCACAUGAUGAAGGAUUUGGGGAAAUUGUAUGGGCUUUUGAGGAUGCGAAGUAGAAGAAAAAGCUCGGACGAUAUGGAUUUGGCCGAGAAAGAAAAUUCCCAGCAUGGAACUUCAUUGGCUACAAAAUUAUAACGGGUUGGCUCCUGUCUAGGUUUGGAGAUUAGGAAUACCAAAGUGCUAUUUAUUCAUUUUUUUAAAAUGAAAAUGUUGUAUAGAUAUGGGAUUUUAAUAUUUUGUAAAACAGUAUGCAUUAAUGAUAUAAAAAUGGAUUGAUGAUUA